AUAUCAAAGUUGCAACAAUGUGCAUGCAAAAUCUCUGUUAUUCCAAAACCAUGGAUCUGUCGUCCCUCUCGAUCUUAGCACCGAUCCUAUUACUCUUACCUCUGUUUAAUCACGUAUCUUACUGUCAACAGCCAUAUAUUGACAACGAGCAGCAGCUUGACUGCUCAUCCACAUUACCUCAACUGAAAGGUUACCUCUGCAAUGGCCCUCAAACGGAAUGCCAGUCCUUCCUGACCUUUCGAUCUACCUCGCUGUACAACUCACCGCUCACCAUCGCUUCACUGCUCAGCUCAGACGCGCCGGACAUAGCCACCAUCAACAACAUCAAAUCCACCACCGAAAAGAUACCUUAUGAUGACUUGGUCAUAGUUCCAGUUCCUUGCUACUGCACUGGAACUAUUUACUCGCAUCAGGCCGCUUACACUGUGGCCAAGGGUGAUAACUAUUUCAACUUAUCCAGGAUUACAUUCCAAGGCCUUUCCUCUUGCUCGGCUCUAAUUAAUCAGAACUACUACGAUGGUGAUGCUCUUGCUGUAGAUGCACAGCUGCGGGUUCCACUAAGAUGUGCAUGCCCAAGUACUAAGGAGACAACUGAUGGGGUUAAAUCAUUGCUUACAUAUUUGGUAACACAAGGCGAUUCUGUAUAUUCAGUCGCAGAAAGAUAUGGCAUCAGUGCGCAAAGCGUUAUGGAGGCAAAUAUGAUGACGGAUGCCUCGGUAAUAUACCCUUUUACUACCAUCCUUAUUCCCCUUAAUUGUGCAAACAAGUCCAAGAGUUCCUUCUGCUCUUGUCCUAAUGGAUAUGCCGAAGGUGUGUACAGAAAUGGCCUCAAUUGCAUGCCUGAUCAGAAGAAGUUUCCUUUCAAGCUGGUUCUCGUGAUAGGUGCCAGCAUUGGUAUGGGAUUCUUGUGUCUUUCGCUUUUCAGCUAUUGGCUAUACAGACGUCUAAGGAAGCGAAGAGACAGAAUUGUCAAGGAAAAACUGUUUGAGCAAAAUGGUGGUUUGCUGUUGCAACAAAAGUUCUCACCUUAUGGAAGAGAUGGAAUAGCAGCAAUAUUCUCUGAAGAAGAUCUGCAAAGAGCAACAGAUAACUACAGCCAGAGCCGGUUUCUUGGUCAAGGAGGGUUCGGCACGGUUUACAAAGGAAUGCUACGAGAUGGUACCAUAGUUGCGGUAAAGAAGUCAAAGACCAUCGAGAGAGGCCAAAUCGAGCAGUUUAUUAAUGAAGUGCUUGUUCUAUCGCAGGUUAAUCAUCGGAACAUUGUAAAAUUGAUAGGAUGUUGUUUGGAGACUAAGCUUCCUUUACUAGUGUAUGAGUUCAUACCUAAUGGUACCCUGUUCCAGCAUAUUCAUCAGCGUGACAAAGAUAGUUCUCUUUCAUGGGAAGAUCGGUAUCGAAUCGCAUGUGAAGUUGCUGGAGCCGUAGCAUACAUGCAUUCUGCAGCUUCAAUUCCCAUUUAUCACCGAGACAUAAAGCCUUCGAACAUUCUGUUAGAUGACAAGUACACUGCAAAAGUCUCUGAUUUUGGUACCUCAAGGCUGGUUCCAUCUGAAGAAACUCACCUGACAACGGCCGUGCAAGGUACUUUCGGAUAUUUGGACCCGGAAUACUUCCAAUCCAGUCAGUUCUCAGAUAAAAGUGACGUGUACAGUUUUGGAGUAGUGCUAGUUGAGUUACUUACAGGGCGGAAGCCAUCUUCUUUAUCAGGAGACGACGAAGGGAGAAAUCUAGUUGCUAGCUUUAUCCUGCUAAUGAAGGAAAACGGUUUGUCAGAGAUCCUAGAUCCUGUUGUGGCUAAUGAAGCAAAGGCGGAGGAUGUUCUAGCAGUGGCAAUGCUAGCCAUGAGGUGUUUGAGAUUAAAUGGGAGAAAGAGACCUACUAUGAGAGAGGUUGCCUUGGUGCUUGAAGGACUUAGAAAAUCUCAAAGUUUCUCUCAGACCAGCCAAAGUCCUUACGUAUUUGAAGAUGGACUACCCGGUGAUAUCAUUGAAGACUCGAUAAAUAUCACAACCAUGUCAAUUGAAAUUGAAUCAAUCUCUAUAUUGACAUCAAGCUAGAGCAGUUGGCAUUCAUUCUUCAAUUUUUGUUUAUCCCAGACUGGUUCGAAGAUAGCAUGUGUAGCAUACAUUAGCAGUUACAUGCAGUUUGGCAACAUUAAUAUCUUUUAUGGAUUUUCGUGGU